GCCUCCUUUGUUCUCGCUACGGCUCCCGCCACCGCGACGGCUAGCGGGCGCCUGCUCAUCGGCGGCCACUCCACCGUUUCUGUGCUUUGUCCUUUUAGGUACUCUACACAUGCAAAUGCAGUUAACCAUAAUUUAACAUCUUCAUGAAAGGACAUUACAUGAUCUGGAAACGGAUCCAGAUGGGACCGGACUCCUGAAGCAAGUCGUCUAUUUGGCUGGCUCCAAGGUGGAAUCUGGAUCUAGUGUUGAACCCGAAGCAUGUAGUAUCUGCCGGAUCUUGAAAUUCCCUGGGUCCUGAUGCAGUAAAUUUUCAGUCAUAGUGUUUUUGAGAAAUUGAUCCAGAUGUGCGCAUCCGUUAUCUGCUGUGAAGCUUGAGUCAGAGGAUACUCAUUUCCAGCUGAUAUCACUUCACGUGAGAGUUUUGUGGUAUUUUUUGUCAGUGACUAUGAUGGAGUGCAACAGAGAAGAGGCUUCCAGAGCCAGGGAAAUUGCUGUAAAGAAGUUGGAAAAUAAAGACUUCGUUGGUGCCCGAAAGAUUGCACUUAAAGCUCAGAUCCUAUUUCCAGAGCUUGAGAAUAUAUCUCAGCUGCUAUGUGUUUGCACUGUGCACUGUGCAGCAGAGGCAAGGGUGAAUGGAGAGACGGACUGGUAUGCAAUCCUUCAAGUGGAGGCAACGACAGAUCAUGCUAACAUAAGAAAGCAAUACCUCAGGCUUGCCUUUUCACUCCAUCCUGAUAAAAACUGUUUUCCUGGUGCUGACGCUGCUUUCAAGUUGGUUGCUGAAGCUCAUUCAAUAUUGUGUGAUCAAACAAAGCGAUCUCAUUAUGAUAUCAGAAGGCAGAAUGCUUCCAGAAAAGUGCCGAAGCAAGCUACACAGCAACAAAAGAAGAGUGGCACAAGUAAAUGCAAUGUACCUGGGUAUGUACUGACUUUUUGGACCAUAUGUGCUCAUUGUCAGAUGCGAUAUCAGUAUCACAACCAUGUCCUAAACAGUACGAUCCGCUGUCUGAACUGCAAAAAUAAUUUCUUUGCAUGCAAGUACAACUUACAAGAACAGUAUGUGCCGACUUCAUCGAGUGUUCCCACUAAUUCUCAAAUUCCAACGAAGACGUUUCCAAGUCAACAAGGCUGCCGUGUGAAGCUUUCGUCUGCACAGGAAACCACAGAUGUGAAUCCAAGGAUGAAUGUGGCCCAAUGUGACAGUUACAUCAAAGGGUAUAGCAGGCCAACCAUGGGUGAGAAAGCUAGUCGGUCAAGAACAAGCGGGCAAAGUCAAUUUUCAGCAAUGAAUCAAGAAGAACCUGCUGUACCGACUGCAAAUGAACAUAUGGGUGGAUGGUCAAUACCAGAUCCUCCUAAUCCGAACAUCAUUGGCAGACCAAAGUCAGGCACAGCAGAUGCAUCUGCAGCUUCAAAUGCUAUGAAUGUCCCUGGUCCUGCAAAGCUUUCAUCUACAGGUGUAAACACAUGUGCCAAAAUAAGGAUAAAUGUGGCAGAAUGCGAUAUAAUAGGGCAUGCCAACCCUAGUGGCGAGAAGGAAGCUAACCAGUUGGAUAUUACAAAGGGGAAAGUUAAAAUUCCAGCAAAGACUCGAAGUAAAUCUUCUGCCCAAACUGUAAACAUGAACACAGGUGUUCUUGACAGAAAGAAUUUGGGUAUAGAGGAUGUAUCUACAGUGCUAAAUGCUGCAGGAUCCCCCAUUCUCCAGAGAUCAGCUAGGAGGACGCAAGAUGCUGAUGGCAGCAGCAGCCUCAACUAUAAUAGCAAAAAGAAGCGAAGAAAGAAUAAUUUUCCAUCUAAUGCUGACUUGAAUGGGAAAGAAAUAUUUGAUGAUAAUGUCAUUAAUGUUGACAGGCAAUCGGUUCCAUCUGAUGUAUCUGGCAAAGUAGACAUCCAAGAGGAAGCUAAAACUCUAGAUAUAGGUGAUCAGGACAAUAUCAGUGCAGAAGUUACAGAUACUGUUGGUCAGAAUCAACCUUGCUAUUCUGUGAAGCUUUCUUUCCCUGAUGCAGAUUUUUUUGAUUUUGAGAAGUUGAGGGAUGCUAAUCUGUUUGCAAUUGGUCAGAUCUGGGCCCUUUAUGAUAACCUUGAUGGCAUGCCAAGAUAUUAUGCUAAAAUAAAACAUUUUGAUGCCUCCAACUUUAAAGUUCAUCUCACUUGGCUGGAGCGCAUUGCAAUGAAUGAAGCAGAGGAGAAAUGGUCUGAUGAAGAACUGCCCGUUGCUUGUGGAAGCUUUAGCUUAGGAACAACAGAUAUAUCGCAAGACAGACUCAUAUUUUCACAUAUUGUUUCAUGGACAAAAGGCAAACGGAGGAAAUAUGAAGUACAUCCCAGUAAGGGUGAGGUAUGGGCUCUUUAUAAGGGAUGGAACAUGCAGUGGGGAUCAGAUGCAGAUAAUCAUAGAUCCUAUGAAUAUGAAGUCGUGAAAGUCCUGUCAAAUUUCUCAGUUAGUGCUGGCGUUACUGUUGUCCCAUUAGUCAGGAUUGACGGCUUUGUCAGUUUAUUUGCGACAGUUAAGGAGAAAUCUGACAUUGUGGUGGCACCAAGUGAGCUACUUCGUUUUUCUCACAGUGUUCCGUUUUAUAGGACAAAUGGGACUGAGAAAGUUGGUGUCCCUGGAGGUUUUCUGGAACUUGACACUGCAUGUCUCCCUAUUGACCUGGAUGCAGCGUUUCCUUGUGUUCCUCUUGACUCCUGCAUGUCCCCUGGCAAGAAGGAGGGCAGCGCAUUCAUUGAUUUGAGCACUGACAGUGCAAGCAGUAGAGGAAAACAUGAAUAUAUUUCUUCUGAGCCAAACAAAUCCUUGCAGAGAAAUCUCAAUGCUCCUAAUGCUUUAGGUGACUUCUCUGAGCAAAAUAGUCCCUCCUUAGUUUAUACAUAUCCUGAUUCUGAAUUUUAUAACUUCGAAGAAUGCCGCUCAUGUCAGAACUUUGAACGUGGACAAAUAUGGGCUUUAUACAGUGAUGUUGACAACUUUCCUAAGUUUUAUGGCUGGGUAAGCAAAGUCGAGCUAGAACCUUUCAAAGUGUAUUUGACCUGGCUUGAAGUUUGUCCCCAAGUGGAGCAGGGGAAACAGUGGUUGGAGCAGGAUAUACCUGUCAGCUGUGGUAAAUUUGAAAUUCGAAACUGGAAAACCAUGUAUGAAACAAACGAUGCUUUCUCUCAUUUAGUAUACACCGGACAUGACCCAAAUCAGCAGAUUGAAAUUGUUCCACAAGUAGGUGAGAUUUGGGUCAUCUACAUGAACUGGACACCUGACUGGACUCCCUCGAGCACACGUGCUUGUGGAUUUGCCAUCGGUGAGAUCAUUGAGCGCACUGAAGCUAGCACAAAAGUUUCUCUUCUUACUCAAGUCAAUGGUUACACAUCGGUGUUCAAGCCUGGCAAGCGAAAGAGAGUUGUGGAGAUACCUACAAGGGACAAUCUGAAGUUCUCUCACCGGGUGCCCUCGUUCUGUCUGACGGAAGGAAAUGGUGUCAAGCUAAGUGGCUUCUAUGAGCUGGAUCCAGCCUCUGUUCCAGAUUUUUUCCUUUAUAAGGAUGCCCAAUGACAUGAGGAUGGAAAAGCUCAAACCCUGCCAAUAUAUUUUGAUUAGAAUCAUGUCUUAUUCAGCUAUCAGUUUUUCCACCUUGUUAGAGUUCUAUUGCAGUGCCCCUUCUUACUGGUGGUGGUAAAGUAUCAGGUAAACUAAUGCCUAUACAAGGGUUCUGCUGCUUAAGUUAGGAUUGCAAGUAAUUAUUCUACCCAA